AUGAAAAGAGCGCUGAUUCUAGGGAAUAUUCACUGGAAAGAUGUAGGCACAGUCACUGAUAAACUCUGUCAGUUCAACCUUUUGCUGCUACCAGCUUCUCCAGAAGGAACCGUCUUCAGAAGUAACAGUCUUACUUCUUCAGCCAGGAAAGCAGUCUGUGAAGUGACAGUGAGUCACAUAAGCUGUGGGCACAGCAUCUUCAAGAUGAAGGUCAAGAGUUCUGGACAGGCUAUGUCAGCAAGUUUGUCUUUUCCAAGAGGGCAGCUUGCUCCCCUCCAAGUCCUUCUUACAGCACAAAAUAAUCCUGCUUCCUUGUUUUUCACUUGACUUUUGGCAGCUAUGAGGAGUGAAAUGGAGACAGUUUAAAGUUCAGGCUGUUACAAAGACCUUGUUUGCUCCAAAACCACCAACUGUCUACAUGAGAUUCUUGUUCUGCUAAGUACUUUAAAACCUUCUGACCUUAGAGGCAGGUCCUACGGGACUGUGAGUAGUAUGGAAAUGAUACCCCAGAGUAUAUGAAGGGCAGAGUAUUUCAUUAGCACUCACCUUUCCAGAGGCUGCCUUCUCAGCAGUUAUUGCUCCAGGUUUCGUCAACAUCAACCAAAAAAACUACUAAAUUGAUACCUCAGGUUUAAGCACAAGAUCAUUAAUGAAUAACUACGAAAUCAGCAGGCUCCUGGGUUAUUAAUAAACAACACUCCCCUUCUGAACCCAGUUAGAAGCUGGCAGUAUGGUACUCAUUCACAUCAGAGCUGCUUCUACCAUGCUCUUGCUCCACUUGCUCUAGCUUUCUACGGUCAUUACAGGUAUGGUAGUUGGCCCUCUUCUGUGAAGUCUUUGUAUCCCCAAAUGACCACGAUCACUCGACCUUUUGCAGAUUCACAAACACUGUUUCUUCGUCCCUAGCAGUCCCUAUGCAAACCACAGCCUGUGCUUUUCACAGGCCUUACAGAACAAAAAGCCUUAUUAAGGCAAUUUUUCAGAGCUGCAAGAUCAAAUAUUACUAAAUAAUAAUAAUAUUACUAGCUAAAGAACUGGUGUAUUUUAUCACUUCCAGUUUUAUUUGUUAGCAUUAAUACCUCUUUUCGUUUGCUUCUCAGUGAUAUCAUUUGUGUAAACAGGGACUGAAAAUCUGCCUGCUUUGGUUAUGGCACAGCUUCUGCACAGCGGCAGAAUGCCAAAGACUUCAGCACAUGCUGUGCCUCUCUCUGGGGGCAGAACUGGGCCUGUGCGAAGCAUAAUUCACUCACCCUGUAGAGUGAAUGAGUCAGCCCAGCAGUAAGGGGAGGGAGGAUGCAUUGCCAAACUACACAGCCAGGCAGCAUCCAGCCCUUGCUGAUGUCACAGCCCGUCACAGUUAAUCCAUCCACACAACCAACCAGCACGAUGCAUGCACAAAAUGAAGGACGAGCAUGAAUCUUUGUAUUUUAGGAACAAGCUGGCUUCAUACAUGCAAAACACAACAUUUGCUGAUUACUGGAAAUCAGUCUCUCUUCUACAAUCCAGCCAGGAGCUGUGCAUUCAGCUGCAUCUUUUUAAAUAAAAUCAAUCAAAACUGAAAUUCAUUUUUGAUUGAAUUCAUUCUAACUGAAUUUCAUCUAUAGAGCAUCUUAAUUUCUUUCCUCUUUGAAAUCAGCAUUAUUCGAUGUUCACCUUGCAAAGCAACUCACAAAAUUUUUGUUACGAUCUGGCUAAAUCUCACAUGCACAGAAGUGCAAGCAAACAAUGAAUGCUCUCAAGCCGCUGUUAACUGUGGCCUACGAUUUUCCAUUUCUUACUCAGCCUGCUUUUGUGAGCACAGUCUCAGUCCUUCCUUCAGCAAUGUGCGUGUUGGUUAGGGGGGAAGAGAGAGAGGCAGACAAAGCAUCAGCAGCUUCCCGUGCCAAGAAAGCUGUGCUCCUGAGGAACUGUGCUACUGUGUGCUGAUAAGAAAUCUGUUGUGGAACUACCACAGCUACUUCGUGCCUUCGGAACAGAUACGUGAAAUAAACACUGGAAGAAUGGAAAGACCACUUGAGGCUACCAGGAUGGAAAAAAACACUUCCUGCUUUCUAAUGGAAAGAAAGACUCGUGUGAAGACUAGUAGGAAAGAGAUUGUGCUAGCCAAGCUGAGGAAGAGCUGCUCCUGCUCUCCAAGGAAACUGAAGAACUUUGUCAUGGACUUCCUUCCUGUUUUACGAUGGCUUCCCAAGUACCAGUGCAAAGAGUACAUUUGGGGGGACGUUAUGUCUGGGUUAGUGAUUGGGAUCAUUCUGGUGCCCCAAGCAAUUGCGUACUCACUACUGGCAGGUCUGAAGCCCAUUUACAGUCUUUACACAUCAUUCUUUGCCAACAUCAUCUACUUCUUGAUGGGCACAUCCCGUCAUGUCUCAGUUGGCAUUUUCAGCUUGAUAAGCUUAAUGGUAGGACAAGUUGUGGACCGAGAACUCAUCUUGGCUGGGUUUGACUUGAACGAUGAUGCCCCACCAGUCUUGGGUGACGGCUCCCUGCAGAGUGACAGCCAGUCCAACACAACUGUCUUCAACCUUACCGCGGGGGGGAUGAAUGCCGAGUGUGGGAAGGAAUGCUAUGCUAUCGGCAUUGCUACAGCCUUGACAUUUGUGGCUGGAAUCUAUCAGGUUCUGAUGGGAGUCUUUCGUCUGGGUUUUGUAUCUAUGUACCUGUCUGAAUCUGUACUAGACGGCUUUGCAACUGGUGCCUCCUUAACCAUUUUAACAGCUCAAGUGAAGUAUCUGAUCGGAAUAAAAAUCCCGCGUAGCCAAGGGCACGGAAUGCUUGUAAUUACUUGGUUUAAUAUUUUCCGGAAUAUUUCUCAGGCGAACAUUUGUGAUGUCAUCACAAGUGCCAUUUGCAUUGUAGUGCUGGUCACUGCUAAAGAACUGGGAGAUCGGUACAAGCAUAAGCUGAAGUUCCCUCUACCCACAGAGCUUGUAGUUAUUGUUGUGGCAACGCUGGUGUCACAUUAUGGAAAUUUAAAUGAAGUUUAUGGAUCCAGUGUUUCUGGAGCUAUUCCAACAGGAUUUAUCGCCCCUGAGGUACCACGUUUCAACUUAAUGCUCCGUGUUGCUGUAGAUGCUUUACCUCUCGCUGUAGUCAGCUUUGUCUUCACCGUAUCCCUUUCUGAAAUGUGUGCAAAGAAAUACGCUUACACCAUCCGAGCCAAUCAGGAGAUGUUCGCUGUGGGGUUCUGCAACAUCAUUCCUUCUUUCUUCCACUCUUUCGCAACUAGUGCAGCUCUGGCAAAAACACUCGUCAAGACAUCGACAGGCUGCCAGACUCAAGUCUCUGGAGUGAUUAGUGCCAUGGUGGUUUUGCUGGUGCUGCUCUUCUUGGCACCUCUCUUCUACUCCUUACAGAAGUGUGUCCUGGCUUGUAUCAUCAUUGUCAGCCUCCGAGGAGCCCUGAGAAAAUUCCGAGAUGUGCCGGCACGGUACCACGCGAAUAAAGUGGACACAGUGGUUUGGGUUGUUACUAUGGCUGCCUCUGCCCUGGUCAGCACAGAAGUAGGGCUGUUGGUUGGUAUUGUUUUCUCCAUGAUAUGCAUCAUUGUUCGGACACAGCGGCCACGGACAGCCCUGCUUGGUCAAAUCCAAGACACCAGCUUUUAUGAGGAUGACUUAGAAUAUGAAAAUCUCUCCUCCAUUCCAAAGGUCAAAAUAUUCAGAUUUGAGGCACCGCUUUACUACGCAAACAGAAACUAUUUCCUAAAAUCUCUGUACAGAUUGACUGGUUUGGACCCUAACCUGGAAGCUGCUAGAAGGAAGAAAUAUGAGAAGAAGGAAAAGCAGCAUCUGAAAAAGGAAGAUCACACAACCGCUAAUGGACUGGGCGGCGGAGACACCACUCUGCAACUAGUUCCUAAGCAAAUCGAUUUCCAAACUCUUAUUGUAGAUUGCUCUUCCAUCUCAUUUUUGGACACCACUGGAGUAAAUACUCUAAAGGAAAUUCUGAAAGACUACAAGGAGUUAAACAUUUCUGUUCUUCUGGCUUGCUGCAAUCCCGCUGUGAUAGACUCUCUGAAAAGAGGAGGCUACUUUGGGAAAGAUUUUGGAAGUAUGCAGGAAAUGCUCUUCUAUAGUAUACACAACGCUGUGCAGUUCGCACAAGACUUCCAAAAGCUUCCAGAAGAUUGUUCUGUUUAAUCCUGUGUUUCCCCUGAUGAUACACUUCAAAAGUGACAGAUGGGGAGGGGCAGUUUGCAAUAAUUAAAUUAUCAGACAUACUGUGGUCUGUGUACAGCAACGGGCCUAGAAAUCAUUUUUUCUGAAGAGUUCUGUGGAUUGCUAGAUGCUACAUGGAACAGUCAUUGGGGAUAUAAUCCAGGACCAGGCUUGAACAGAUUGGAUUACUAUCUGCAUCUUCACUUCAAAAUGCAGGUGAUGUGAAGGUGCUGUGAAGUCAAUCUUAAGGGCACCUUGGGACUGAUUUCCUCCCUUUGUCCUCAUCAUGUGUGACCAAAUAUAUGUACCAUGAGACUGUUGUGCUGGGAUGUCUGCCUCAUUGCCAGCUGCCUCUCCCAGUGGUUAAUGGCUGGGUUUAUUAAGAGGGAUGAGCCAUCUUCAAUAAAAUGCGAUGAAUCUAUGAUCUCGGACACAUAACAGUUUAUGUGGCUUGCAAGGCCCUGCCUCUUCACUCAUUCCAGACAUGCUCCGACACAGCUCCUACUGUUUGCAUACAAAUGACAUCUAUAAAAUAUCGUGGGAUGUAUUAUGUCUCUCCUCAUCCCUUGGAUUGCAUGGACUUAAUGACACAACCUGCCACACGAGAAGAAACCACAAUUCACCACAAAUUCCUCUCAAAACCAUCUCCUCCAAAACAAACUCCUGGAGUCACCUGUAUGAUUAACUUCAAUGUGUGGUAAUUAGUUACUAAAAGUUUUGAUACCUUUGAUAAUGCAGAAAAAACAAACAUGACCCUGAUGAACAAUUUUGUUGUUACUAGUAAAAUAGGAUGUGAUUAAGAAAAAUGAAUGGCUUUGACUGACAAUCAUACAGUUACUGUAGUAGUCGUAGUACCAUCCUGUCAAAAUGCGUUGCCUCUGUUGGGCAGAUUCAACUUUAAUGCACAUAAGGAUCACUGAAUAUAAACCCCAGAACCGUGCCACACACAGCAUGACAUGUUCCCACUACAACUGCCUGCAUGGGUGCAAGGGCAGGAGAAGAAAACAGAAGAGGGUAGGGUGGGAAAGUAAGCCUGAUCUGCCAAGUAGGGGAGCGAUGCAUCAGACAAAGAUGCCAAGCUUGUCUUCUCUGAUGCAAUGCUAAUGAAGUUUUAUAGUAGCAUACCUGGGCCAAGUGAAGUGAACAAUGCUUUGCAAGCUGUCUAUCCCCAUACGCUAGAAAAAUCCCACCACUGUUUGUACAUAACACAGACUAUUUUUUCUCCCUACCAUGUUAGUCUUUGAUUAGAGGUCCAAAUACCUAUGUUUUACCGAGAUGGGUUACUUCUUAUAAUAAUUUGCAUUAACAGCUGUUCGUUCUGCAUUGUGUCAAAUGAUACCCUCGGAGUCAGUUUUCUUGUUUUAUAUGCAUGCUCUCUCUUUACAAAUACGCACACACCUAGAUUUUGACUGCAUCACUGUUGGUACUUAGUAUUCUAGCAUAUGGCAUUGGCAGAAUACCGUCUUACAUCUAAGCUCAUAAUUACCUGCAUGAAAGGUAGGUCAGGUGCCCUACCUUUCUCUUCUCAGUCAUGGCUGGUUCACACAUGGAAUAAUGCAUGGAAGGAAACUGUCACAGCUGUGCCUUGUACACUUAGCAAGCAGACUCUAGAAAUAAGUUCUGUAUAUGCUGAAGCCAUUUCUCUGCUGUGUCAUUUAAAAAAAAAAUUGCUGAGCCAACACAUCAUGUGACUUGCUUAUUUCAACUUUUCAGGUCACUGAAUGAAAGAACACUCAAACUGAGGUUCUCCAGGUGCCCCAGAGCCUUUCUGGCUCUCAAGAACAAAUAUUUCAUUAAAGGAAAAGCAAUGCAUUCCCAAAAGACAAAAUAAAAAAAUGUCUUCACAGGGAUUGAGAAUAGCACAGAAAUAGGUAAGUGACUCAGUGCUGACAUUCUUACGCGCUCAUUACAAAACAGCAUAUCAGCUGCACAGGUAGCACUGCCAGAGCAGUAAAACCUGACAGAAAUGCCUACCGAGAGAUUACAAGAUUGACCACUGGCAGCGUUUUCCUGCCAUAAAACAAUUUAAUUACAUAAUUCUUUAAAGUGCUGACUUGGUAACGACGAGCUUAUUUCUGUCAUAAAAGCAAAUGAGCAGAGCCCAAGGACAAAGUGCUGCUUUGUGUCUGGUUUUCUUUGUAACAAUUAUUUGAUCAGGGAUUAUCUCUUCAAAUGUCCUGCCAGGACCUCACAAGAGGAAGUGGGUUCACAGGAAUUACUGCUAAACAAGUAGUAUCAAUACAGACACUCUUAGGCUGUUGUGACAAAGCAUCCAUUGCUGGAAGUCAGCUUAAAUUGUUUCAGUCCAAAAACCUUUUAUCUUUAUAGGCAAAGCUACCAACUAGGAACAUAAAGGAAAAAAAAUGAAAAAAUACCUUUAACACUAGAUUGAUCUUAUUUUAAAAGAGAGGAAAAAAAAAAAAAAAAAAGAGCAACUCCUAAGGAAGGUGUGUCCUUGCAACAGCCUUUGGAGAAAAAUGAAUAGAAGCUGCCCUUGCAGUCUUUCUUAUCCAUCAGACUGAGAAAUUUACUCAAGAGUCUCUUUUUCAUCCUACUUAUUGUAGGAAAAAAAAACAAACACCAAAGGACAGUAAAGCAGAGAAACUAUUCUAUGCAUAACAGAGGGGAUGACCUUUUAGUCUUUUGCUAGAAGGACCCUAUCAACCAGGAGAAACCGUAAGAACCAUUGUCUGUUUCAGUUUCAUUGACGGAUCUGUCUCACGAUCAAGUUGUGUUGGACAACAUCAAACACAGCAGGGAAACAGCUUUCAGCCUUCUGAUGUAGGGACACUGGGAGCUUGCGAACUAUUUCUGAGUAUGCAAAAGUUAACUGAAAAACUAUACCUUCUUCUGGCAGGUUAAUGUUUGCUAUACUACGUUACACCAAGAUUACGUAUAUGACGACUGAAAAUGUUAAAAACUGCUGAUUCUCUUCUCUCCUAUUGUACCAGGAAUUAUGUACUGUGACUUGGAGAGGAGCUGGGGAUAGUCUUGUAAUUCCAAAUAGGUUAAUGUUAAUUUUGAAAUAAAAUUGUUAUAUGCCUAUUAGAAAACAUUAUAUCUAUUGUGUACAUUGACUAUAUUUUUGUCCACUGUGGUGCCUUGCAUACAUAAUGUAUCCGACAGAUUUUAGUACUGCUACACAACAAUAAAAAAGGGACCUUAACUUGGGGACAGUCUGGGUCCCAUGGAGCUGGGCAUAGAGUUGGGAGUGUUUAGCUUAAGCUCUCCUGUUGACUAGUGCAGGAUGGCCAGACUAUAUGGCCAUCAAAAUAGUUACAUUUAUUGGCACUGGUAAAUAACAACCUUGGAAUUGUCCAGUCCAUGAAAGAAACGUUGGGUUCCCCAUUACCCUGAAUCCUGUGUGGCACGACCUGGAGACAAAUGUGUGCUUUUGGUUGGAAAAUAAAACUAGCAGUUCUUUGAAAA